AUGGAGGUCGAUGGAGUGCCCUGCGGGGCUAUCACCGCGCGUCAGACCAGCAAAGAGGUUCAGGGAAACCCUUUUGGCGCCGCUUCGUCCGGGGAGAAAACGAGGACGGCGGAGGACCCGGCGGGCGCGAGCAAGGCGCCGGCCGGGGCUGAAGAGCGACAAAAACUACCUGCCGGAACCGCGUCGCCAGGGACAUCGCUGACGCAGCUGAGCUUCAAAGAUGACUUGAAUUCGGACUGGUGCUUGGCAGUCAGCCGCGUGGACAGUGGGCGCAUGCUGCUGGAGCGCCUGCGGGCGGCGCUGCUGCUUUGGGCGAACGCGGCCGUCGAGCAAGCGAGCAAAAUGGAGAACCUCGUGCAGACCUUCGUGGCGACGAACCUCGAGAGCAAAACGAUCAUGGGCGCCGUGAACGCGCUGCGGCUGGAGUGCGCACACCAGGCCGAUCACUGCCGGGAGUUCGCCGAGGCGCUGCGGAGGGACGUCGUGGAGGGCACGCUGACCAACACAAUUCACAAUCACUACUUGGUUCUUCAGCAGAUCAAGGCAGACGGCGCUGAGUCGCAAAAGGAGUUGACGCUUGCGACUGUGGAUCACCAAAAGGCGAUGGACCGGUAUCUGCGCUGCAGCAAGGAGGCGGCGGCUGCGGCGCUGAAGGCGCAGGCGGCGGAGAGCGAGGCGCCGAGUGUGCGGACGGAGCUCGCGUUGUCGGCGAUUCGGCGGUGCGUGGAGGCGAAGGCUGCGGAGGAUGAGCACCGGGAGAGUGUGGCGCGUUUGAACGCGGCCGCGCAGUCGAGCGAGAGGAAGAUGUCGAUCAUUCUCCAGAGUCUGCAGGACAUGGACGAGAAGCGCAUGCUGUGCUUCCGCGACGCGCUCCGCAAGGCCAUGGUCUACCAGGCCGCGUACCUGCGCAACCUCCAGUACGACCUGGAGCAAACUAUCAAAACGGUAGACCUCGUCGAGCCGAAAGCAGAUCUGCAGGAGUUCCUCGGCAAGCACUACCUGCCGAGGAAGAGCCAAGCCGCGGGCCCUGUCAAGGCGCAGUCCUGGGUGGAGCUCGAGACCACUUUUGGCGACGCCCUUCUGGUCUCAGCUCCCCUUUCCGCCUCCUCCGCAGCCGCUUCGCCCUUCGCCUCCACGUCGUUUUCCUCCUCGUCGCUCGGGGCAGGGGCGAGCGCCGGCGCCGAAGACGCUGCCGAGACGCCUCCCGGCUGCGGGCGGCCGCCCCUCUCGUCGGGCUCUGUCCUGGCGAUCGCAACCGACGAGGCUGCGCCGCGCCACGAGACAGCCGCCGGCGACGGCCGGAGCAAAGUGCGAGACGCGCGGUCGGCGUCGCCCGUGGGCGCAGGCGAGAGCCGAGAGGGGGAGGAGGAGGCGCUGGGGAAGGCGGAGAGAGACUGCGACACCGUUCUCGACUUGCUGUGGAGUGCGGCGGAGCUCGAGGAGAGUGAGCGGAGAGACCGUGGGCGCGAAGCGAGUCAAGCGGCCGGCGAGCCCAGCAGAGACGGGAGCGAGGCGUUGCCGCCUUCCGCUGUGGUGGUGGAUCCCGCGCAGUGUCCGUACUCCGCAGAGGUCUGUGCGCAGCUGUCGGCAGUGCUUCCGCAGCUGAAGGUCGAUUUCGCGUCGUCUGCGAAGCGUUUCGCGUUCCUGAAGUCGCUGGAGAGACGCCGUCGCGCAUGCAUGGUCAAGGGCCAUAAGCAGGUGUAUCUGCGCCACGUGGUAUGUCUGAGGAUUCUCGGACAAAUCAGCGAGUGGCUUCUCGACUACGCCGAUGAGCAACUCGACGUCUGGACUGGACGCAUGCUUCUCCUCCUCUCCAUGCAGAUCGCCGCCUCGGGGCUGAAAAGCGCUGACCCGCAGAUGCAGACUUUCGCGUGGCCGGAGUUCGCGCGCGCGGUUGAGGAAGAAAGGAAGAAGCGCGGCAAGGCCCAGGGAGACGCCCAGCGUGUGGCGGACGAAGGGGCCGGCAGUGCCGACCGCGAAACAGUCCGCUGGUCGCUGCAUAGGUGCAUUUAUCAUCAUCGCUACUGGAAUCGCGUGACGUUCUGGGAGGAGGCUCUCACGUUGACGAUAAGCGAGGAGCUUCAGCGCCAAAAGCUGAUGGAAAAAUGGAGGACGAUGGGAGACGAGGUCCUCCAGCAGGAGGAACAGAAGUUCCGCGAGCGCAACCCUUGCUGUGGUUGCCUUACCUCAUUCGGUUCGUUCAUGGUCCUCUACGGCAUCGCCCCCGAGCAGGUGCAGUCGCUGCUGCUCUCCGUCUGUCGCGCUUGCCACCUCGAUGACGACUUCGCGGCGCGUCUCGUGGAGGGCAUGAAGCAGUUCGCGGCACCAGCGGGUGCGGGCGGGGCUCCGAAGCCGGCUGCGCUGUCGUCGGCGUCUUCUUCCUCUGGCGCGCUUGCCUCUUCUGCGCGCUCAAGUCAGUCGCGCGACAGCGCAAGCGGCGCGGCCGGCGAGGCAGACCGAGGGGUGGCAGCGAGCUCCUCGCACGCAGCGUCGGAGGCUUCCCCUGAGUCAGCCAUGGCUGAGGAAAGUGGCGCAGCGUGUGCAGCGUUCGAUAGAGGGGAGAACGGGAAGAAGCGCGAAGAAGACGGGAGGGUCGCCGCCGCGGGGGAGGAGCCGCGCCGCACGCGGAGUCUCGCGGGCAGUGCAGAGGAGGAAAGGGCAGGAGCGCAGGCGGGGGCAUGA